AUGCUGAGAACGCCCAAAGGUGGUAAGAAGAAGACGCCGAAGAAGAAAACUCCCGCGAACAGUGCGAAAAAAAGUGACGCUCAAAAGAGCGAGACGAAAGACGCAAAAGAAGAAAAAGUGGUUCCGGUGACGCCGAUUAGCGAGCAGCUCCAAGAACAGCGCCGAAAAGAGGAAGCGCGGAAGAUGGAGGAGCAGCUGAAGGUGCUGAUGCGGCAGCGGGACGCGGUGGCGGAAAAGCUGGAGCGGGUGAAAGCUGCGAUCAGGACGACCCCGGAGCAACCGAACCAACACCUGAAGAAUCUGCACUUCCUGAAGUUGCAGUUGAAGACGGUGGAGGCCUGCUACGGGGAGUACAACGCGUUUCAGAACCAGGUCUACGGACUGGUUCUUACACCGGAGCAGGAAAAGCAGCAUCGAGCAUGCUACCUGAAGUUUGAGGCGCUGCACAACAAUCUGACGAUCCAGCUCAACGAGUUGAUCGAGAGGCUUUCGAAGCCGAGCGUCGCGCUCGUUCCGGCGGGGCCCGCGACUGCGGUUGCCCCGCAGUACCUGCCGCCCCUCAGCGUGCCCUUACCGAAGUUCGACGGCACUUACGAGAACUGGUUCUCGUUUAAGUGUAUGUUUAAGAGCGUGAUGGACCGGUACCAAGGCGAGGCUCCGUCGAUGAAGUUGUACCACCUUCGGAACUCGUUGGUUGGGAAGGCGGAAGGUGUGAUCGAUCAGGACAUCAUUAACAACAACGAUUACGAUGCGGCGUGGGCGCUCUUGGUCGAGACAUACGAGGAUAAGCGAGUGAUUAUCAACAAGCAUAUCGAUGCUUUGUUCUCGCUGCCCAAGGUCACCCGCGACAACUUCCUCGAGUUCCGGAAACUGAUCGAGAUCUGCGCCAAGAACACCGAAGCCUUGAAGAACCUCCAGCUUCCAGUGAGCGGCUUGGGAGAGCAGAUGCUGCUGAACCUGAUUGCGGCGCGAAUGGACAAGGAUACGCGGAAGUCGUGGGAGUCGCUGCGAAGGGCCGGAGAGUUGCCGAGCUACGCGGCCACGAUGGCGUUCCUUAAGGAGAAGUGUCGAGUGCUGGAGUUGGUGGAGCAGUGUAGUGAACCCGUUGAGAAAGUGAAACCGCAACGUUCGGUUAAGCAGACGAAGACCCUGGUGAUUGCAAGUGACGAGAAGUGUACGAUGUGCGACCAGCAACACGACCUGCAGAAGUGCGAGCAGUUCAAGGCGAAGAGUGUCAACGAAAAGUACAACCACCUGAGGAAGUGCGGUUCGUGCUUUAACUGCCUCAAGAAGGGACACCGCACGGCUGCGUGCACGUCGACGCGCACGUGUCAGCAGUGCAGCAAGCGGCAUCACACGAUGUUGCACACCGACAAGAAGCCGGAGGUCGCUCCGAACACGGCGGCGGCGGAUGCGCCGAAAGCGAAUGCCGACUCCCGACCUCAAGUGGUGCCACCAGUCGUGGCCGGAACGUCGCAGACGCAGAGUUUGACGCUCUGCGCUACAACCGAAGCUCCCACGAAACAGACCCUCCUCUCGACGGCCGUGGUGUUGGUCUACGGCGGAAACAGCGUCCCGUAUCUGUGCCGGGCGUUGAUCGACUCGUGCUCACAAAACCACUUCAUCACGGAGCGAUGCGCCAACCUGUUGGCGAUCAAGAAGGAGCGCACGGACUACCAAGUAAGUGGGCUGAACGGAGGGACUACGCGAAUCAACCACAUGGUCCGAACGACGAUGAAGUCUCGAGUUGGCAACUUCACUGCCGAGCUUGAGCUGCUGGUAGCACCGAAGAUCACCGGCGACGUGCCUACCAAAACGAUCGACGUUGCUGGAUGGGAUCUGCCCCGCGACGUUGAACUCGCCGAUCCAAGCUUCAACAAGAGAGGUCGCGUCGAUUUGCUGCUCGGCGCUGGCGUGUUCUGGGACCUCAUGAAGUCUGGAAGGGUCAAACUCGCGGCGAACCUCCCGUCACUCAGCGAGACCGAACUUGGCUGGGUGGUUGGUGGCGUGAUGUCCGAGUGUACACCCGUUAUCGCACGUACGUUCUGCACCGUGAACGAGGACGAAGAGCUGAACAAGCUGCUGAACCGGUUUUGGGAGAUCGAAGGAGUUGAAGACCUACGGCGACCGGUGACUUCGACAGCUGACGAGUGCCUCGAACAAUUCCGCAGCACGUACAACCGCAAGCCUGACGGGAGAAUUGUCGUUCGACUGCCGUUCAACGAGCGGAAGAGUGACCUGGGCGACUCACGAGACAUGGCGAUCCGUCGUUUCCUAAGUCUUGAGCGGCGGCUGGACCAACAACCCGAUCUGAAAGGAGAGUACGCCAAGUUCAUCCACGAGUAG